CCAACUCCUGGCUCUUUGCACACCAUGAACAACUCCACCAUUCCCAUCACCGACAACACCAAGAAGGAACCCACCUACACCCUCCCCUCAGCCAACCCUCCCAGAACCGACAACUUCAUGCCCGCCCUUCCCCAAGACUCCAAACCUUACCACUCUCUCGGCCCCUUAAUCACCAUCCGCAUCCUCAGCCCCAACAUCGAUCCCUCCUCCACAAGCCACUUCACCACUACCUGGAAAACCAUGCGCAUCAGACAGCCCUUCAGCAAAAUUAUGACAUCGGGCGCAGGCUACUGGUGGGAGGAGAACCGCAAUUGGCUGCAUGCGGAGCAAACUCCUGAUGAGGUUGCGCUUAAGCAUGGUCAUACCGUUCGUGUUGUGUUUUGUACUGAGCCUGAGGGUCCUGCUGAUGUUCUUGAUGUCCACUUCGAGAAAAAGGAGAUGGGCGAGUACUUUGAAUGGGAAAACUGA